ACCUGCUGCUCUGCCAUUUGCGCCAUUGCCUUAUUCGAAGUGCUGUGCAGCUUCGAUAAGGAAUACGCAGGGUUCGUUGCGAACUUGCCAAUGCGGGAGUUUAUAAGUGUGGUGAUUGGGCGUACGGAUAAGAGGACGAGGGCGUUUGAGGGGGUGUUGGUGGGUACGUUGAGGAACAUAUCAAGUUGGCUCGUCCAGGCUGCUUCCCUCUCCUCGUCCUCUGGAUCGGGGAUACAUCCCUCCAUACCACGACUAUUCACGGUCUCCCACCUCCCCGGAGUGAUGUACGCUUUCCUAUCCCACACACUUGGCGCAGAGCGCGAUUGGGUGGUACAUAGCGAGGUAUACGUCGCGCUGAUGGACAUGGUCAAGCACCUCUCUUCAAGUUCGGUUGCUGGAGUGGUGAAGGAGCCUGUGAGGAGGGUUGAGGAGAGCUGUGGUGUGCAAGCGUGGAUGUGGGAUUGGGGGGAAGUUGUUUGGGUUCGUGAGGGGGAAGCAGAUGGGCAAGAAGGAAGGAGUCUGGGAGAUGCGGUGAAGAGGUUGGAGAGGCAUUGGCAGGGAUUGGAGAGGUAUGGGAAUAGGUUCAAGUUUGCGGCUAUGGCGGAGAAGAUUGAGAUGCUGUGUGAGGGGAUUUCGUAUUUGUUGUUUCAGCAGCUUGUUGGGGGGUGAAUGAGGGCGUUGGGUGUGGUUGGGUGGAGGAGGUUAUCAUUAUUGCAUACGGUCCCAGGUGGUCUCUGCUCGCAAGCCUUUUCUCUUUUCUUAUUUUUUUUCAGAAUUUGGUUGCAUAUACAUAGACGUCCAAGGACAUUCAUUUACUUACACUACGUGUAUACUUUCUUGUUCAAUUUUUUACAUAUGUAAUGUCGAUGGA